AUGGAGCGCCACAGUUGUGACUACAGCCGCUUCGACGCGAUCGACGUCGACGCGUCGCCGGCGAGCGCCUACGACGGCGGCUUCAAGGCGGACCUGACCUGGCACAACAGCCGGACGACGUCCUUCGUCUUCAUCGCCGUCGAGGACGGCACGGUCGAGGCCGACGUCUCCGUGACCUUCGAGGCGCACAUGCUGCGCGUCGAGCUGGCGAAGCAGGGCGACGCGAAGCAGGACGUCGCCCUCGAGCUCGGCCACCCGGCGGUGCUGCCGGGCCGCUGCCAGUGGAGCGUGACGAGCCACACCUUCGGCGAGGACGCGAAGCCGUGCGUGAGCGUCAUCCUCGAGAAGGCCGUCGCCGAGCCCUGGGACGAGGUCAGCUUCGGCGCGCGCGUCCAGCGCGUCGGCGGCGCAAAGCGCGACGACCGCGCGCGCAAGGUCGCGCUCAGCGACGCGGCCAUCGCGUGCCACGCCUGCGGCGCGCCGACGAAGCCGCGCUGCCGCGUCGUCUGCGUCUGCACCGAGGCCGUCUUCUGCUGCAACGGCUGCUCGCGCGACGACGCGACGCACAAUUGCCCCGGGCCCGUCAACGUCGCCGGCGAGCCCCCGGGAUCGCUCGCGUGGGACCUCGCGGCGCACCCGCGCGCGCCGCGGACGCCCGCGAGCCGCGACUACGAGCGCGAGGGCGGGGCCCUGUUGCGGCGCCACGUCUUCGAUCGGCUGAAAGCCGGCGCCGACGGCGGCCCGCGCUGGCGCCUCGUCAACGACGUCGCGGAGCUCCGGCGCUGCGCGGCCGCGGGCAACGCGGCGGCCGCGUUCCGCGCGGCGUCGCUCAUGCUCCUGACCAAGGAGGACCCGCCGGCGGCGACGGCGCUGCUCGAGGCCGCGGCCGAGGCGGGCUGCGCGCCGGCCAUGGUGCCUUUGGCGCUCCGGCUCCUGGACCAGGGCGGCGACGCGCGCGAGGCCGAGUCGUGGCUCUGGCGCGGCUCGCGCCUCGGCUGCGACGUCGCCGCGCGCGCCCUCGACGAGCGCUGCCAGCUCAGCGCCGACGUGCGCAGCGUCCUCGCCGCCGCGCGCGACGGCGCCUUCCGCGCGGCGCCGCCGCCGAAGUCGCGCGACGCGCCCAUGCGGACGAUGCUCGCGGACAAGGCCGCGCUCGGCUCCCUCGUGCUCUGCCUCCGCAAGCACGCGCUGCCGACGUGCCUGCUCGACAAGCUGCCCGGGCGGCCCGCGGCCCUGGCCUGCGCGGCCGCGGUCCGCGACUUCGAGACCCUGGCGGAGAACGCCGCGGACGAGCGCCGCGUCCGCGUCAUCGUCGCCUACGGCCGCGCGCUCUCGGCCGCGGAGCACGACCGGGAGGUGCCCCGGGAGCCGCGGCCCGUCGCGAGCCGCGCCUACCUGCGGCCCGUGCUCCGGCCGGGCCGCGACGACGGCGCCGUCGACGACGACGCCGCGGCCGCGUGGGUCGAGGCCGUCGAUUCCACGGCCUGGGACUGGCGCACGACCUGCGCCCACGAGCGCAAGAAGACGUCGACGCCCCACUGCGCGGCGUGCCUCCGCGACGCGCGCGCGCGCCUCGACGCCGUCGCGGCUCGGACCUACGCGCUCUCCGUCGACGCGCACCGCGAGGUCCACGACGCGGCCUACGCCCUCGCCGACGGCGCCGUCGCGCACGAGCCCUUUGCGCGCUACGCCAUGGGCGAGGUCGACUCCGUGCUCGCGCUCCUCGCGGCCGCGCCCGAGGCGGACGCGUUGCUGCACCCGCUCUUCAUCGCGAGCGACCCGAACCUGCUCUGGCCCGCGCUCUACUUCUACGGCAGCCUGGCGAACGCCCUCCGCGCGUUCCGGCCCGACGCGCCGGCGUCGGUGCCGCCGCACCGGCCUCUGGUCUGCGGCGUCGCGGACGGCGAGCCGCUGAUCCUCGCGUGCGGCGCGUGCGGCGGCCUCUGCCGCCGCGCGCUGCGCUGCGGCAAGUGCAAGGUCCGCGCCUACUGCGCCGCCGACUGCCAGAAGCGCGACUGGCGCGCCCACAAGGCCGAGUGCUGCCGCUACUGCGACGCGCGCGACUUCGCGGCCGCGGCCGCCAAGGCGAAGCUCGAGAAGAAGCGCGCCAAGGCCGCGAAGGCCGCUGCGCCGCCGGACUGGGGGGAGUAA